CAUGGCGCAGUGCUCGAUUGCAUGCAUGGUGCAGCUUAGUGACCUGACUGAAAAGUCAAAGGUCGCCGAACAGCCAAUCCGAUUGCUGAGAAAGGCAAAGCUCCCGGCCAGCAUGGCGGCGUUCAUGAGAAGCGUGAGUCGCGGACUGACCGCGGCGGAAUCGUUCAGGUUUUUAACGAUCAGAGAAAAUCAAAGGAUCGACCCGAAGAGGUAUGUCAGGGCCCUCAGACGAACACCCGUCAGAGUGAUAUAUCCAGAAAACGAGGCCGCGGAAACCAAAACGAGGGAAACGGCAGCGAAGAUAAAGGAGAAGUGCAAAGCCGACCAGUUUGACCAUGAGCCGCUCCCGAAGAACUGGAGACGAGACGACAGCAGCAAAAACAAACCAAAGCCGCAGCCCGGUGGGACCAACGAGAAGAGACCGAGACAGGCUUUCAAUUCGGAAUCGCUGAAAAACAGCGUCCGAGAGAACCCGCCUCCCGAAGACACACGGCACAGCGACGAACUCGACGGGCUCCGAUACGAGAAAGCCUACCCAGGAGACAAGAGACUGGCGAAGGUGGUGACUAUCGUGAAGUCGAGGCGGUUUCGGGAGCAGCACGGAAAGGUCUUGCUGGAAGGCCGGCGGCUGAUCGCGGACGCGCUGGGGUGCGGGGCGGUGCUGCAGACGCUCUUCUUCAGCUCGCUGGACGCUCUCAAGGAGCUGCCGCUGGACAAGCUGCGGAGGGUCAACCUCGUCAAAGUGAAGUUCGACGACAUCAAGGUCUGGUCAGAUCUCGUCACGCCUCAGGGCAUCAUGGCUAUCUUUGCCAGGCCAGAUCACUCGAAGAUGACCUACCCUGCAGAGCAGCUAGAGCACUCCCUGCCCCUGUCUCUGAUCUGCGACAACAUCCGGGACCCGGGGAACCUGGGCACUAUCCUGAGGUGUGCAGCCGGAGCGGGGUGCAGCAGAGCCCUCCUCACCAAGGGCUGCGUGGAUGCUUGGGAACCCAAGGUGCUGCGGGCCUCUAUGGGGGCUCACUUCCGAUUCCCCGUCAUCAAUAACCUGGAGUGGGACGAGAUUCCAAACUACCUCCCCGGCAGUGCUACCGUCCACCUAGCGGAUAACUGCAGCUCCACGUCGGAGAGCCGGGGGGAGGACAGGCUCAAAGCCGGAGACUAUGGGUGGGUGUCCAGCCGACCAAACCCAAAGAGAAUCGGGUUCGAGGAGCACAGCCUGGACUCAGACUCAGACUCUGACUCUGACUCUGACCUCUCCCUUCCUGAAGUGAAGGCCCAGCUGUACCACGAGGGCUGGGCUCAGAACCAGACCGCCCUGGUGAUUGGUGGAGAGACCCACGGGCUGAGCCUGGAGGCCCUCCAAUUGGCCGAGAGGACGGAGGGUAGAAGGCUAUUGGUCCCCAUGGUCCCGGGGGUGGACAGUUUGAACUCGGCCAUGGCGGCCAGCAUUCUACUCUUCGAAGGAAAGAGGCAGCUGGAGGCCGUGAAAUCCAGCCCGGUGCAGAGACAGUGAAAUCCAGCCCGGUGCAGAGACAGCGACCUCCUAGAACUUUGUGUUUAGCUGUUGCGUGUUUUUUAAAAGCUACAGCCUGCCACAGAGUGUCCACUAAAAUCAGUUGUCCUGGUGUGUGUUUAACCUGCUGCGCUCUUGCUAAUAAUACAGGCAGCAGUAGCAGGGUUCCUUCUCCAUGCUUUGUCAAAGCUCAGUUAUUUUUUUUUUGGUUUGUUUUGUCUUUUCCUGCAAUGCUUUGCUGAGAGCAUUUUGUAAAACAACAUUUUGUUUUUCUCAAAAGGUCCACAGCUUUGCUCAUUGAGACACUUGGUCUAGUGGCACCUUCAAUUUCCCACUUUAGAGGUCUUUGAAUUCCAUAACAUUGGACUGUUCUGUAAUUUAAUAUGAACGACUGGCUUGUCUUCUUGUGAAUGGAAUUUGACAACUACCCGUUCCCCAGCCCCCGCUUGUGUAAUUGGCCUUUUUCCCCGUGAAUUAGCUCAAACAAGAAGUCGCUUCUUGCUGCUUUUGUUUUUUCCAGAUCACUCUCAUGAUGAUAGUAAUAGUUCAGCUCUAAGGUUUCCAAGUAGCCCCAGCUUUUUCAGCAUAUUCACUGCAGCUCUGAAGUUUCGUACUUGCCUGAGCCAAUAAAAACUUGGCACGCCAGCUGGCUCUGAUUAAACUGGUCCCGGACGCUGCUCGGGGGUUUAGCAUCCUUCCAACCGUGACGAUCGAGCGCUGGGUCCCCUUCUGGGAGCAGAGCGUUCUUUAUGUGUCGGGUAACAGUUCUAAAGUGUGUGUGUGUGUGUGUGCGCGCUUCCUUCUAGGUGCCAGCAAGCCUCCAGAUACCCGUUGGAAGGCAUGCCUCGCCCUGCUGAUACGGGAGGCUGUUAAUCGAGGUGCAGUCCAGACUCACGCUUUUUGGCAGGACGGUCCGUGUCUGCUUCCAAAGUAUGCGAGUGUAACCCAAGCCCCCGUCUGCCAAGGAGGAAACACACGGCCACUUUCCAGAGGGGAGGGGCUUUGUGGUUACCCCUGGGGUACAAAGAAUAAGAGAUGGGGGCAGGCAAGGCAAGGAUUUAAAAAAAAUAAAAAAAAUAAAUUAGAUUCUUAACCAGAAGCUGCAUAGAUGGCUAGAUGCUAAUCAGAUAAAGAUGCCGUUCUCUCUGCAUCAUGCAGCAGGGGGCGCUGUAAACACAUAACGGAAAUCAUUUCACAUGCUGUUUUAACUGAUCAUGUACUGUAUAAUAAAAGGUCUUG